AUGUCUUCAACGCUCUUUUUCCUCCUCGGCCUCACCGCUCUCAUCCCGCAGGCCCUCGCUAUCAGCAUACCCGCAAAUCCUGCGGUGGGCUUGACAAACAUCAUCAGCGUCGACACCCCUGCCAUCAUUCUCACCGGCCCCUUCGGCACCUUCAUCCGCUCCCCCGCCGACGCCCUCGACUGCCUCGCCGCCGCCCAAACCGCCAUCGCCGCCACCAUCGCCGCCGUCGGCGACCUCCCCAUCCCCCACCCCGACUGGCACUUCUCGAGCCACAACGUCCAGCUCAUCGCCUCCGCCCCCUUCCCCACCCUCGGCACCUACGGCCAACUCUCGUCCGCCCUGCGGGGCCUGCUCUACCUGAUCACGCGGGCCGGGGGCCCGGGCGCGAGGCAGCUCGGUUGGGUCCUGAGCGACGGCGCGCAGGGGCUCGGCAUCGUGAUGAGAGGGUCGAUGGCGCCGCGGACGAUUACGAUUGUUGGGGCGGCGCCGGCGGGUCCGACGGCGGGGGGCGCGAUGGGUGGGGGCACCGUGGCGAGUGGGGCCGCGAUGGCGACGGCGACGGCGACGCAGAGUGUGAGUAUUGUGGGGGUUAAGGAGCUGGAUGGUCGUUGA